CCUCUCUCUCGCCCUCCCUCGCAGGGGGCCGGUGAAUGCUGCCUGUUGACGGUGUUGAGGUGGGAUUCCCUGCCAAGUUCGAAAUGCUGAUGAACACGAGACUGGAGACCGCGGACCUGAAAUGGAUGGUGUACCCGGAGACCGGGUGGGAAGAGCUGAGCGGGAUCGACGAUGAGACGAACACCGUGCGGACAUACGAGAUCUGCCAGAUCAACAAGCCGAACCAGAACAACUGGCUGCGCACCACCUACAUCCCACGGCGCGGGGCCCAGCGGGUCUACGUGGAGCUGAAGUUCACCAUGCGGGACUGCGCCUCCAUCCCUGACGCCCGCGGCUCCUGCAAGGAGACCUUCAACGUCUACUACUUCGAGUCGGACUCCGACUCGGCCACCCGGAGCUCCCCGGCCUGGAUGGAGAACCCUUAUGUCAAGGUGGACACGGUGGCCGCCGACUCGGUCUUCCCCGACAAGACGCGGGGUCGCGCCAACACCAAGACCCUCCACCUGGGCCCGCUCAACCGUAACGGCUUCUACCUGGCCUUCCAGGACCAAGGGGCCUGCAUGGCGCUCCUCUCCGUCCGCGUCUACUUCAAGAAGUGCCAGGCCCUGGUCUCCGGCUUCGCCUCCUUCCCCGAGACGGUAACCGGCGCCGAGCCCACCUCGCUGGUCAUCGCCCCCGGCGCCUGCGUCCCCAACGCCGUGGAGGUCUCCAUCCCCCUCAAGCUCCACUGCAACGGCGACGGCGAGUGGAUGGUGCCCUUCGGCGCCUGCACCUGUGGGCCCGGAUACGAACCGGCAGAGAAGCACACCGCCUGUAAAGCCUGCGCCCCCGGCCAUUUUAAGGCCACGCAAGGUGAGGGGCUGUGCAGCGUUUGCCCCCGGAACAGCGGCGCUUCCUCCCCAGGCGCCACCUCCUGCAGCUGCCUGCGGGGGCACUACAGAGCCAGUAACGACCAGCCGGAGAUGCCGUGCACAAGUAAGCCGAGGGCGGGCUGUGGGGGUGGGGUGGGGCGGCGGGUUGGAUGGGGUGGAGGAUUCCCAAACCCCGGUCUGAAUUUGUCGAUUGAAUUCUUCCCCCCACCACAGGAGAGCAACGAGAGCAGCGCCUCAUCCAUCGUCAGCAUCACCAACUCUGCCGUGAUCCCGGGCCUGAGGAACGGGGCGACCUACGUGGUGCAGGUCCGGGCCAGGACUGAGGAGGGCUACGGCGCGUUCAGCAGAAAAAAAGACUUCCGGACCCUGUCAGGAGGUACAGAAACCUGGAGUAGGCGCGAGGAAUUCCUCCUCAUCGGCAGCUCAGCCUCCGUCAUCUUCGUCCUCCUGGUGUUGGGUGUCCUCACUGUGUUCUGUCUCAGGAAGCAACGCAAACGAGAUCCUGACUAUUCCGAGAAGCUGCCUCCGAAUAUCACUAUUCCGGGAAUAAAAGUCUACAUUGAUCCCUUCACCUACGAGGACCCCAAUGAGGCCGUCCGAGAGUUUGCCAAGGAGAUCGAUAUCUCCUACGUGAAGAUCGAAGAGGUUAUAGGAGCUGGUAGGUGA